GGUUAGUGAUUGGCAAAACACUGUCCGCGUAUUGACUAUUAUCUGCUGUAUAUCUGCUAGCUAUUCAUGAACAGGUAGUAACAGAAACUCCUGGUUUCUGUCUCUUCAGGUGUGUUCAGCCUGUAUGACCAUAUCAGGAACCCGGAAACCCACGCACCUGUGAGCCGACGUCAUUCGCUGAAAGUACCUGCAGCAACUCGUCCAGCUGAACUCACUCAGUUACUGAAACUACUUUCAGGAGACAAGACAAAGACGCCACGACGAGAAUUCGUAAAGGAAUAUAUUUAUAAGCAAUUUGGCAGUUUUAUUUGUACUUUGAUUGCGAGGAAUAUUGAAAGAGGAUUUGCAGACAAAUGGGCACCGCUCGGUUCGCGGUUUUGGCCAUUUUAAUCGCCGUUUUUCAGGCCUCAGAUUUAGUGACUGCUGAGGACCCAACAUGUGUACCUGGAUUCGAGUCAGAUGUGUUGAUUUUCAAAGUGCCUAGAAAGCGCCUGAUGCAGGGCACAAGACUGGGCAAAGUGGGCUUCACUGACUGCACAGACCGCACAAGAUUUCUUUUCAGGAGUGAUGACAGACGUUUCGUGGUACAGACAGACGGCAUAUUGACGGUAAACAGACAGGUUGUUCUUCAUGAAGGACACCAGGACUUCUUCAUCCACUCCUGGGACAAGCAAGGUCGCAAAAUGACUGUUCCUGUAAGGGUAUUGCACCAUGAGCGUCACCAUGGGAACCACCACCAAAAUGUUGAGCAACACCACAACCAUCAUCCCCACCUUACUGAAUGGGACUCUAAUAUCGCAGAGAGUACAGCCGAUCCACAGGUGCCUGUUCUGCAUUUCCCCAAGUCUGCCGAAGGGCUGAGGAGGAAGAAGAGAGAAUGGGUCAUUCCUGAUAUCAGUUUUCCUGAGAAUCACAGAGGACCCUUCCCCUUUAAAGUAUCUCAAAUCCGUUCUAAUGAAGAUAAAGUAAAGAAGAUCUAUUACAGCAUCUCUGGUCCAGGAGCUGAUCAGCCUCCUGUUGGCCUUUUCACCAUGGACAGAGACACUGGUAAUCUGUAUGUCACACAACCACUGGACAGAGAGACAGAAACCAAGUACACGUUUCAAGUGCAUGCUGUGGCAGAUGGUUCAGGAAAUGCUGAACAGCCUAUGGAUAUUACAGUGAUUGUAAUUGACCAGAACGACAACAAACCUGUUUUCACUCAAGCCACCUACCUGGGAGAAGUUGCUGAGGCCUCACCAAUAGGUUUUGAGGUGAUUAAGGUUGUGGCCACAGAUCUUGACGAUCCAAGUACUGCCAACGCAGAUAUCCACUACAGUAUUAUAAGCCAGGAGCCAAAGUUUCCCACUGACCUGUUUGCCAUCAACCCAGAAACUGGAGCCAUCAGAAUCGAUGUCCGUGGGCUAGACAGAGAGGCACACCCAAACCACACACUGGUGGUACGAGCGGCAGACAUGGAGGGAAAAGGGCUGGCUGGAGAAGCAACAGUAAUCCUAACUGUCACAGAUAGCAACGACAAUGCUCCGGCCUUCGCUCAGCCCUCUAGUACAGCCGAUCCACAGGUGCCUGUUCUGCAUUUCCCCAAGUCUGCCGAAGGGCUGAGGAGGAAGAAGAGAGAAUGGGUCAUUCCUGAUAUCAGUUUUCCUGAGAAUCACAGAGGACCCUUCCCCUUUAAAGUAUCUCAAAUCCGUUCUAAUGAAGAUAAAGUAAAGAAGAUCUAUUACAGCAUCUCUGGUCCAGGAGCUGAUCAGCCUCCUGUUGGCCUUUUCACCAUGGACAGAGACACUGGUAAUCUGUAUGUCACACAACCACUGGACAGAGAGACAGAAACCAAGUACACGUUUCAAGCGCAUGCUGUGGCAGAUGGUUCAGGAAAUGCUGAACAGCCUAUGGAUAUUACAGUGAUUGUAAUUGACCAGAACGACAACAAUCCUGUUUUCACUCAAACCACCUACCUGGGAGAAGUUGCUGAGGCCUCACCAAUAGGUUUUGAGGUGAUUAAGGUUGUGGCCACAGAUCUUGACGAUCCAAGUACUGCCAACGCAGAUAUCCACUACAGUAUUAUAAGCCAGGAGCCAAAGUUUCCCACUGACCUGUUUGCCAUCAACCCAGAAACUGGAGCCAUCAGAAUCGAAGUCCGUGGGCUAGACAGAGAGGCACACCCAACGCACACACUGGUGGUACGAGCGGCAGACAUGGAGGGAAAAGGGCUGGCUGGAGAAGCAACAGUAAUCCUAACUGUCACAGAUAGCAACGACAAUGCUCCGGUCUUCGCUCAGCCCUCUUAUGAGGCAACAGUAGCAGAAAAUAAAGGAGACACUCAGGUCACUGUGAUGUCAGUAACAGAUGGUGACGACCCACAGUCCCCAGCCUGGAACGCCAAGUUCACAAUUGUCAGUGGUGAUCCUGGAGGACUUUUCACUGUGAAAACAAGAAAUGACAAAAAAGAAGGAAUCAUUUCUACCACCAAGGGUCUUGACUUUGAGAAGAGCAGGAAGCACACUCUGUUGGUUGCAGUGGAGAAUGACAUUCCUUUUGCUACUCCGCUGCCCACUGCCACUGCAACAGUGCUGGUGACUGUGCAGGACGUCAAUGAAGCUCCAGUCUUUGAUCCAGUAGAGAAGCUUGUGUCAAAACGGGAGGACCUUGCCAUUGACAGUGACGUGGUGCAGUACACUGCUCUUGACCCAGACACUGCACGCAAACAGAAAGUCAUGUAUAGAAUAAUUAGAGACCCUGCAGGCUGGCUGAACGUGGACAAAGGGACGGGCCUGAUUAAGGUGAAAAGUGUCAUGGACAGAGAGUCCCCCUUCGUCAAGGACAACAAAUACACAGCACUCAUUGGUGCAUAUGACGAUGAUGAAGUCCCAGCCACAGGAACUGGUACUCUAAUGAUCCAGCUUGAAGAUGUCAAUGACAAUGCACCCACCAUCGAGGAACGUUCAAUCAAGGUGUGUAACAAGGCAUCGGUUCCUCAGCUGCUGUCGGUAACCGAUAAAGACGAACCGGGCUUUGGCGCUCCAUACAGCGUCUCUUUACAGGGCACGUCAAAGACCAACUGGACCGCUAGGAUGAACGACUCAAAAACGGGCAUCAUCCUGAAUUUAGCCACUGAGCUGGCCAGUGGAGACUACACUGUGGUCCUGAGGGUUUCAGACAAUCAGGGCCUGCAGCAGGACAGCACCGUCCAGGCCACAGUCUGUGACUGCACUGGGGAAGAAGUGUUGUGCAAAGGGCGUGUGGCAGGUGGCACCAAUCUGCCGGUAAUCCUGGGAAUACUGGGAGGCAUCCUGUUGCUGCUCAUGCUGCUGUUGCUGUUGCUGCUGUUUGCGAGACGGAGAAGAGGAGAGAAGAAGGAGCCUCUACUGCAGGACGACGAUAUCAGAGACAACAUCUAUUACUAUGACGAAGAGGGAGGCGGAGAGGACGAUCAGGACUAUGAUCUGAGUGUUCUGCACCGUGGUCUGGACAACCGGCCCGAGGUGUUCAGGAACGACGUGGUGCCAAGCUUCAUGCCGGCUCCUCGGUACCGGCCUCGCCCUGCCAACCCGGAGGAAAUCGGCAACUUCAUUGACGAUAACCUGAAAGCAGCUGACAAUGAUCCGACAGCACCCCCAUAUGACUCCCUGCUGGUGUUCGACUAUGAAGGAGGCGGCUCUGAUGCAGGAAGCCUCUCCUCUCUGAACUCGUCAAGCAGCGGAGACCAGGACUACGACUGCCUCCAUGAAUGGGGACCCCGCUUCAAGAAACUGGCCGACAUGUACGGAGGAGGCGAAGAUGACAUGCUCUAAAUAUACUAAAGAACAAACAAUGUAGAUGGGUGGAUGCACAUAUGGCUGCGUGAAUGUUAGCUUGAUGUAUAGAACUGAUAAAUGAAUGCAUCCCAGGGAAAGUACGGUCAGCCAGACAUCAGUAGGCCCACAGAUGGGUUUUUCCUGUGUGUGGGGAAUGUGGUUUACCUUUUUUAGAUGCAGUUCUAUUAGCAGUUAACAGCCACUGCUCAGAAGCCAGAGGAUGAGUUUGGGGUUUUUUGUUUUUUUUAUACACGAGUUCCCCAUUUUGAACGGUUAAUCUGUCUGCCUGUCCUUUAGAUCCCUGUUUGACUUCUAUGCUAAAGAAUGAUGAUGUGGCUCCAGAACUCAAUGAACAGAAAAAAAAUUUUUUUUAUUAAUUUUGUGCUGAUAUUUUAGCCUGCGUUGCAGCUUACUGGGUGACACUGGACACACACACAGAUGCUUGUAGAUGCACUGGUAAUGUUUGUGCGAAUUUGGCAAUGUAUGGUACUUUACGUUCUUUGUUGUUUGUGGAGUUUGUACUACUGCUUCAGUUGAAUUUAAUUGUUUUUUUUGUAUUUCUGUUUUGAGGAAUGAAUUUACAGAUAAUGGUGAAAUCCAGGUAGCCAGCCAACGCCACAUCGCCCUCUGAGGGUGUGGUCAGGGAGUUAUCAAUAAAUGCUUUUUAAAAUGUUUAAGUGUCUGUUCAGUUGACAUCUUUAUCACUUUGUAAUGUCAAACACUUUUUGCUGUUACCUCCAAAGGUACUUUAUUACAAACAGUUAAUUUUGAAUUUUUUAUAAAGUUAUCAAUACAAUGA